AUGACAGCUUCUCCCACUGCCUUAAUGGCUGCCCCAACUCACCCGGACGAGACGCUUCCCAUCUUCAUGGAUGACUCCGCGUUGAUGGAUGCGAAGACGGCAAAACGUCGCCAGGAGGACGAUGAAAUCCGAAAUUAUCUGAUGCAGCUUGAUGCGCUGCGUCACGAGUGCGAGCAGCGCGGUCAAUUUCGCAAGGCGCAGGAGUGUUUGGAUCGUAUGCGUGAAGUGAACCUCCGGUACGCCAAGAAAAUUGAAAUGGAGGCCAGCAAGGUGAAUGCGGGGUGGAGGAAGCAGAUGUUGGAGGAGCAGCGGCUGGAGCUUCUCACUUUUCACGACAUGUGGGAAAACAAGUUGAAGGAGUACGAUGAAAAGGCGGGACAGCUGACACAGGAGAUGAAUCGUCAACAUGCGAUGGAGUUGCAGUUGCAGGAGGAGGUGAUUCGCGUAGAGCUUAUGAAAAGACGUCCACGGCCGUCCAAGACUUUGGUGGAGCUUCGUGAUAAUCUGAGGAAAUACGUAGAACGACGCAUGUACAUGGACGCGGAUCGUGCGAAGAAGGCAAUUCACCACCGGGAGGCGAAGGAGCUUCGAGAGUUCGAGGCGGAUAUUGAAAAGAAAUUUCAGGACCGUCUGCAGGUCGCUUCAGAGCGACUGCGGUUGGGGAGGGCGGCUGUGGAGCAACGUCUUGUCGUAAAUCGUGAGGAAUUGUUGGCCCAGCGUCGAGACGAGUUUAGCAAAUUGGUGAAGAAGCAUCAUGCGGCUUUGCACGCGCAGGAGCAGGCCAAUGCUCUUGUUGUCUCCAGGGCGCAGGAUUGUAUUCGUCGCCAGGCGAAAGCGUACAUCAAAGACACGGUCAAGACAGGACUGGAACUGGUGCAUCUAACGGAGACGGCGAUGGUUGGAGGAAAGAUGGAUUGGAGUGCGGAUGGGCGGCAAGGGACAUCUUUCAAGAAAUGUGACCACCGCAGUGUCGACAGAGGGGCUUCCGUGCGGCGGCAUAGAACGCCUCUGAAGAGGACGACGACGGCAUUGCCGCGGCCUCCAUGGCAAGAUUGA